GAGCGAGGCACUGGGGCCCUCGCUGCCCUGCUCCAGGUCAGGCCAAGACACAGACAGAGAACCCAUGCCGUCCACUGCUGCAAUGGGGCUGCUGCUGCUGCUGACUGGGAUCAGCGCGGGCAGGGUCCUAGAGACUGUCCCCUACACGCCCCAGAUCACUGCCAAGUCGCUGGAAGGGAAGCUCACUGCUACCACCUUCACACUGGACCAGCCCAUCUGCAUCUUCGAUCAGUACGUGAACGGCACCGAUGACAUCUGGCUCGUCGUUGCCUUCACUAACGCCACAUCCCAUUUCAAAAAUCCAACCUCCAAGAUCCAAAUCCCUCCCUACCAGAAGCUAUCGACUGCUCUCCAUUACAUGACGCUGAAGAAUUCCAUUGCCUUCUACCCGUGUGCUGAAAACAGGGCCGCUAGCGUGCUCCGGGUUGGCAGUGACACCUCCUGCAAAGAUGACCGCAGCCUGGAGUACUGCAACGGACCCCUGCCUCAUCCUGGGCCUUACAGAGUGAAAUUCCUCAUCCUGGAUACCAAUGGGUCCAAGGCAGAGACAAGAUGGUCCCAACAAAUUAUGCUGAAGCAAGGUCGCAAGGCGCGCUCCAUCGACACCUGGCCUGGGAGGCGCAGCGGUACCAUGGUCGUCAUCACUUCCAUCCUCUCCAGCUUCAUCGGCAUCCUGGUGAUCUUGUUCCUCUGCACGGUCGCCUACGAGUGCUUUAAGCUUUGGCGUCGAGAGGAGCCCGCGGUCCCGGAGGAGCCACGCGUCGGGUCCUUCAGAGAGAGGCAGUAUGAUACCCACCACAUCCCCCCGUCGCAGGCUCCAGCCCAGCCCCACAGCGACGUGCCCCGGCCUCACUCGCCGGCCGCCUCCCCAUAGGAGCCCAGAGCUUCCCGCAGGCCAUCGUCCUGGGCUCAGCAGUCAGCCCACGGGCACCCCCAGAAGCCUCGCAUCCCAUUUAUACACUCCGUGCCCUCCCCAUCACGCACCCUGCUGCACGGUGUCCCCUGUAAACCCCGGACCCCAGCAUCCCCAUCACGCACCCUGCUGCCCAGCAUCCCCUAUAUACCCUCGAUCCCAGCAUCCCCUAUGCUCCCCAACUCCCAGCAUCCCCAUCACGCACCCUGCUGCCCGGCGUCCCCUAUAUACCCUCGAUCCCAGCAUCCCCUAUGCUCCCCAACCCCCAGUGUCCCCAUCACACACGCUGCUGCCUGGUGUCCCCUAUAUACCCUGGGCCCCAGUGUCCCCUUUGCUCCCCAACCCCCAGCAUCCCCAUCACACGUCCUGCUGCCCAGCGUUCCCUCCGCGCCCCAAACCCCAGCAUCCCUGUCAGACGCCCCAGGCCCCAGCCUCCCACACGCUCACCCUGGUGCUCUAGGAUCACCAGCUCUGGGAGAGGAGAGGCUCCAUGCUCCCCAUCUGGGGUAUCCAGCCUGGCCUGACCGGCCGUGCUGCUUCCCACUUCCCUGGGACUGACUUUACAGGACACAGAGCAACAGCUGGGGAAGAAGGGGAGUAAACAAGCCACGUCCUCUGCUCCUGCCAGUCAAAGGGUCCUGUCUGUUAACUCCAAUAGGCAGGUGCAUGGGGCUGGGCACUGGUGACACUCAGGGCAUCUCGGUCGUUUGUUUCUCGCAGGCUUUAUUCACCUCCUGGAACUGUUUAUGAAGCCAGAAACAAAGACUUUGAGAAACAAAGACUAUCCCCCCCCGGCUAAUGGGUCCCGUGCUUUGAUCCCGUUUCUUUACCCCCAGUGUAGGGAAUAGGACCCGUCUGUCCUAUCAGCAGGAAUGUGAUGGAGGUGUUCCCGGCCCGCCGGCACUGCAGAUGUGGCUCCAGGUUCACGUGGGUGCAGGGCCGGGCCCCGAGCCACGCUCCUCCUGAGCGCUGGGGACGUUUGGGCCCGGAUCUAGAGCAGGGAUCCUGUCAAAGAGAAGCAAAUUCCAGCCAGGGGUGUAGCCGGCUGAUUGGCACCUGAACACACAAUGACCCCUCGGCACCCCGCCCUCCCCACCGCCUGCCGUUGACGCAGGAGCCUUGGGGCUAGAAUGACAGCCCUGCCCUGGCCGGGCCCACGGGAGCAUUGGCGCACCUGUGCUGGGAGGCCGGAGCCCAGGGGUCUGUGCACAACGCCUGCUGACCGCAGCGUGGCUCAGGGCUCUGGAGUGGCCGGGAGGGAGGCGCCUCAUCUCUGACGGGGGGGCCCCUUUCUGACGUCUGCAGCCCUGCAACAGAGCCAGCCCCGGGCCCCCUCGGCCAAGCAAGUGCUGAGGAAAGAGGUCAAGCCAACCCCCACCUGGCCUUCCCAGAUCUCUGCCUGGAGUCUGAGAGUCCAGCCCCGCAGGGCCCCGGCCAGGCCCCAGGGGGGGAGCAGGGACUCCACCCAACACCCAUGGAAGCCACUGGGCUUGGAGCAGGCCCCCAGCUCAGCCGGCUGCCGGAUGGAGUGGCCCCUCCAGGCGAUGGAGCAGCCCAGCAGCGGUGCGGCGUUAGGUGCUUUCCCCUAUAGCCCCUAGAACUUGUUUCAAGGACCAGGGCCCAAUCCCUCUCCCUUCCCCUCCCCCAUUGGAAGCCAUCCUCAGGGACCAGCCGGCCGGCCGGUGUGAGAGGUUCAGCUUCUGUGGUUCUUGUAUAUACUGCUGGGGGCAGGUGGGUUUCUCUUUUCAACUCAUCGGUGCCCGGCCAAGUAAACUGCAGUUUGCAUUUUUGAACCGCUGCCUCGCUGUCCUCCUUUGCGCCCUCGGCAGCGGUUGCAGUCCGGGGACUCCCAGCCCUUGGGCCACAGGAGGGAGCUGUACGACAGAACAGCUGACGGGACGCCACAGGCCCACAGAGGGUCCACGCAGCUCGCGUCCCAGCCUUGCCGGGCUUUGCUCACCAGCCCCACCAUAGCCCCUCGGGCAUGCCAGGCAGCACACCCUGCCAUCUUGUGGCUGACCCAUGUAACUGCAAGUAAACGUAUCACGAUGCCUUGUCA